AUGACUACACAUGAACACUUGAUCGAAAGUCUAAUACAGUUUACACAGAAAUUUAACUGCGGUUCAUCAAUUAUCACAUUAUUGCCUUCAUUUUUUUAUUUGUAUUACUUCUGGCGUUUAUCGGAAACAUACAUAAUAGCAUACAUGAAUCCAAUUCAAAGACCACGCCGCCUGCACAGAGUUCCAAAAGGUCAAUGGUGGAAAUUCUGGUUGAAGAUAAUACUUACUUCAAUGUUAGUAUGGAGUGGUAGUCAAUGUUGGUCAGAUGGAUUAGUACCUUUGCUUAAAACUUACACGCUACCUAUUCUUACAAUGAUAAACAACUGCUUGAAACCACAAUUCAAAAUGAACCAAACUUCUCUACAGUCACUGGAAUGUAUAUGUAAAUUAAUCGUCUGUUAUUCUGUAAUAGCUCUUGUACGUUGGUGUUACAUUUAUAUUGAUAAUAACUAUCAAUACACGAGAAGGAGAUUAAGAAUACGCCGAAUAUACAACUGGGGUACGCUCAUUCCUGGGAGAGGAACAAGUGAACUAGGAGAAGAUGGUUAUUUGCUAAUGCAAACAAUUUUACCUACAGAACCCCAAGAACAUCAAGAGUUGGCGGAAAAUAAUAAUCCAAAAAAAUUGAAACUAACACAAAGUUGCCAACUGUCCACGAAAUAUACGUCGAUUAUUCCAAAAGUAAUUGUUAGACGUAAAUCCGUAUAA